GCACGCACACGUUCGUGUUUGACAGUACAGCAUAUGAUUUUGUUUUGGUUUUUGCGGCACAAUGUUAGUGCAAUUUUAUCUGUUCAAAUUGUGACUUAAAUCACAAAAUACUGACCUGAAAUCCAGUGAUUUUGUGCGACCAAUCGGUCACUGAGCGAUACCUCUAAAGAUGAAAUCGAAAUCAAUAAUCAACUAUUGCAAUAAGUUAAUACUUGCACCAAUGGUGCGGGGUAGCUUACUACCAAUGAGACUGCUGGCAUUACGAUAUGGUGCUGAUUUAGUUUACACGGACGAGAUUAUCGAUCUGAGCAUGUUACAAACGACACGGAGAGUAAACAGUGUUCUUGGAACAAUUGACUUCAUAAAUGAAGACAGUGGCUGUCUUUUAUUUCGAACGUGUCCAGCAGAAAAACAGAAAUUAAUUUUCCAAAUUGGUACGUCAGACCCCACAAGGGCGAUAAAAGUUGUGAAAAUGGUUGAAAAUGAUGUAUCCGGCAUUGACAUUAAUAUGGGAUGUCCAAAGCCAUACUCAACGUCAUUAGGUAUCGGAGCUGCUCUUUUGUCAAAUGUAAAAGUUGCAAAGAGAAUUGUUCAGGGCUUAGUAGAAAACAUAGACCUUCCAGUUACAUGUAAAAUAAGAGUUUCAGAUGACAUUGAGCAAACACUAAAUAUGGUCAAAGAUUUCGAAACGUUGGGUGUAAGUGCCAUAACAGUACACGGCAGGACUAGGUAUCAAAGAUCGUCUGAGCCAGUAAACAAAGAUGCAAUUCGAAAAAUAGCAGAGAGUGUACGAAUACCAAUAAUUGCCAAUGGUGGAUCACUGGACAUAAAAGACUUUUCAGAUAUAGAUAAAUUCAAAGAAGAUUGUGGAGCUACCAGUGUAAUGGUAGCAAGAGCAGCACUUCAAAAUGUCAGUGUUUUUCGGAAAGAAGGCACAAUUAAUGUGCAAAACGUCAUCACCGAAUAUUUAAAACUGUGUGUCGACUUCGACCAGGAAUGGCGUAAUGUUGAAUAUUGUCUAAGACAAAUGCUUAGUCCACUGGGUAAAGUCAAAAAGUCUCCGAUUGGAAAGGAAUUUGAGGCAGCUGAAUCCCUAGAGGCAUUGUGUGACAUAUGGAAUUUAGGAGAUUACUGUCGGGAGAAGCAAUCGGAUUACAAGUCAAAAGGCAUACAAAAAUUAAGUUUAAGCCCUCCUAAAGGAAUAAACACACCAAUUGAAUUAAUUUUGGCCCGUGAAGAAAAGUUCAGCCAAAAAAAUAUUAUCCACGAGCGCAUGCAGUACAGACGUCAUUUCUUUGAUUUGGACAGGUUGCCAAAGUUUGUACUUCAUAAAUAUUGUGUUGAAAAUAACAUACCGCUACCGACAUACGACAGUACGAGAAUCGAUCGUCAGUUUAAUAGCAUCAUCACAAUGCAAGAUAAACAAUAUGCCAGCGUAUUUCUGCAUAAGGAUUCACGAAAUGCUCAACAGGCUGCUGCACUCGUUUGUUGUUAUCAUUUGGGUUUUUAUGAGGAAGACUUUUUAGUGUCUAUGGGAUGUCUCUAUCAACGUUAUGAACUGGCUUCUAUCGCAAAGCUGUAAUCUUGUUUUCUUGCUUGCUCGAAUGCAAGCAAAAAAUGAAAAUUUUAGCAAAUUUAUAUUUUAGGAUUUACUAUCGAUAAUGUGUGUGUACAGAGUCAACGCAAGUGCGUUCAUUAUUAGUGAUGUUCAUGUUCGCUUCAUAAUAAAAGUAAUUGACAAUGAGAAUCA